AUGUAGCUGAAGUCAGUUCAUCAAUACUACAUAAAAGCCAAAAACCAAUCUAAGGAUUAGAAAGGGACAAAAUGCAAAGAAUAUACUCAAGCCACUGCCUCUUAAAUCUCCUUGAUUUUGAGUAAGAUGAAUGGAAAGAUUAUUCAAGAUUCAAAGGCUACAUCAGAUAGAACCAAAAACAAUAUUCAGAUAUCUCCUAAAUUACAAAAUUGUUUGUCAGCGUCGAAUUUAAUGAGCAAGACUUCUCAAUCCCCGAAGUUAAGUGAAUGCGCUUUCAUUGAUAAGAAAUUUGCUAAAGAAUGUCCCAGCAGGAUCAAUAAUGAGAAGGUAGUCCAAUUGCCAACUGAAAUCAAUAGUUUCUUAGAGAUGGAAGAGAGAAAGAGGACGUUGAAUAACUUUAAAGAACAACUCUCAUAAAACAUAAUGAAGAUUCAGCAUUUGGAUCAACUUUAAACUUAAGUGAAAUUGAUUGAAUAAUAGCUGCAUUCUAUCGUAUAGACAAUCAUUCAAUUGAAAGAUUCCUUAUGCAUGGAAUUGUAAUAGGAAUAAUUGAGUUAUGCUUAAAUCACCUAAUCUAUCUCUGAUUCAUUGUAUAAGAUGAAGGAUGAUAUAGUUCAUAAUGAAAUUAACAUCAUUGAAUCGAUGCAGAUGAAACCGUUUUAAAAUAUCAUGACGAUUUACAAAAAGAGAUUGGAUGAGCAUCAGAGUUGUGUUUAAUAAAUGAUUGCGAAGAGAUAAUUUGUGAUUCAAUUUAAUUAAUGGUGUUAACAAUUGAUGUUGAAGCUGUAAGUUGAUUCAAGAAAAGCGAACUUCGAUUCGGAAGAGAAAGAGAAUUGUUUUUAUGGGAGCAAUAAGAUAGCUGAGUCUCCCAAGUUUCGCAGCAAUUGA